AUGGAUGUGUUUUUAGCACUCAAUCGGAGAACCGAUGCUGUUGCAAAGCGGUUGUCGGAGUUCUGGCCGCCUCCGAGAAAGGCUUCGAGUCACUGGCAGAAAGAGAACGGCUUGGCAUUUACUUUUGGAGACCACGGCGAACAGCUGAGUGGUGCCGACCCGCCUCCGCAUGGAAACCUAGUCUCGCCGGAUGUGUCGCGGACCAUGAUGGCCUUCGAAGCCAGAUCAUUCGCUUCCCGCGUCGCCUCGCCGGGCCUUUUCCGCAUGGCAGAUGUUUACGCAACCAUUGCCGACCUAGUCGGCCUGGAACUCAAAGGCAAGCUAUUUGUUGGAACCAGUCUGUUUGGAAAGCUUGACGCGCAGAGCCAAUCCAGACGGUUUGGUGUUGCUUCGUUCUCCUUCUACCGGCCAGGAGACCUCGCGGCUGCUCACUUCCGUGCCUCGGAUGGCCAGAUAUGUGCUGCGGAGUUCCACCGCGGCUCGCAAGGCUGGAAACUGUUCAAGGCAGACUCUUUGCAAGAUCUCUUCGGGAGUGGAAAGAGCCUCUCAUCCGUUGAGGCCGACCCAAGCAGUGCGUGUGCCAAUGAAUCCAUGGCUGCGCUGAGCUGGGCGUUAAAGCAGCGGCAGGCCAUGAACACAUUGCUAACCGAAUCAAACGUGCAUGCGGCGUGGCUCCUAGCUUCCGUCAGGGCAGCAGUGUCCCGGGCCGCAGCUAUGGCGAGAUGGCUUCUGAAGAGAAUGCUGCGACCGUUCCUACCUCCACCCGCUACCAAUUGCUCGAGCGGGAAGCCGGCUCGUGACGGUACAAAGGACGAGUUUUAG